UCUGCGUACCCCUAGGGCUCCCGUGGCCCCGGGCAAGAUGCUGGGGAGGCUGCUGGGGCGUAGCACCGGGCUGUGGCGGCUGGUGGCUCGGCCGGCCCUGCACCCCACCAGGGCCAUCAGCGACAAAGCAAAGGGCUCUCAGGACGCGGCGUUGCAGACAGCUAAUCCAGGUUACAAAGCUUUCAAAAAUGACAGAAGGCCUACAAAUUUUGAUAAAAAGGUGUUGGUAUGGGCAGGACGCUUUAAAAAGGAGGAGGACAUUCCCAAGCACAUAUCGUCUGAGGUCCUCGAUGCAGCAAGGAACAGCGUCAGGAUAAAGGUUUGCUACAUCAUGAUUGCACUGACCUUGCUGGGCUGUUUGGCCAUGGUAAUCACAGGCAAAGAAGCUGCUAAAACGGAUCACACGCUGCUGAGGAUGAACAUAGAAAAGAAGGCCAAAUGGAGGGCUGAAGUGGAGAAAGAUGAGGAGGCAGCUGUUGGGAAGCCACAAUGAUUUGGAACAGAUUUAUUUUAACAGUAGGAGAUAAGUGAUUUGCACACAUGGCGUAUGUACCUGUCUUCGUUUAACUCUUUGGAGCUUUUUCACUGAAAUUCUCAGGGCAAAGACUUCACUGCUUAGAAACUGCUCCAUACAAACUGGGAAACUCCUGUGGAAACUCCAACAGCUGCUUUCUGUGGCCUGUGGUCUUUGGCGCUGGGCUCUGCUGAAAUACAAAAAUGUCUUCUAAACUGCAAAGUAUGGGAAGGAUGGAUGCUGGAUCCGCCAGCUCAGGAUCAGCUUUUCAUGGUGCUGCUUGUGCUCAGUGUGGCCAUGGGGUGGUCUCCUUGCAGCCAGGAAGGAUGUGGCCCUACAAUCAGAGAGCAUCCCAUUCUGUGCAAUGCCUCUAGCGAAACAGCCUUGGCCAAAGUGACCCAGAGCAGGGGGAAAAGGGAAAUGUGUUUUGCAAGCACAAAGAGGUCAAUUAUCUCUCUUUCCCCAGCCCCUCAUGGAGUCCUGUGGCCAGGGGAGGGGGGGACAUGAGUAUGAAGAGGGGCUGGGAAGGUGGAGAAGUGUGAGCAGACCCUGGCAAUUGAUUUGGGCCAAAAGGGACUUUGGGCCAGAAGAGACAGCAGUGAUGUGGAGUGGUAGCAUGGGUAUGUGGUUUGGUGUGGUUGCUGUGGGGAAGCCUGGGGAACCCAGGCCCAGCACAGGGAGCCUGGCCUGGAGGCACCUCUUGUCCUGUUGCACCUCACUGGUUUUUCGUCUGCUUCCAGUCAUUGCCAUGAAAGUUCUCUAGCACUUGCUUAGUUGUGAUUUUAGUCAGGAGUAAUUGUUAAUACAUGGUUUGCUAAAACUGCAAUUUUUUAAUCAUCAUAGUUCAUUAAUUCAUAAUAAAACAGCUGUCCAAUUACAUCUAAAACAAACGCAUCUCUUCACAGCUUCAUUUGAAGUGUCACCAAACUCUCUGGAAUGAUGUUUAACAGAUGGGAGACAUCCUAAUGAAAUACUGAAAGUUUAAUUUUCAUGAAGUGAUUAAACUUCAAGACAGGCCCCAGUUCAUGAUUGUGGGCACCGAUGGUCUGAGCCCCCUCAAGACCCGUAAGACAGGCUGGGUGUGCUGCAUGGGGUGCCAAGAGACACGGAGUGACAAAACCCAGCCGCCUUACCCCAGCUGCCAUAGGAGGCAGCAAAUGCUGUAACCACGCUCAGCCUUUGCAUCCUGAGCACCACACCAAGGCUUGGCCUUUGCAAGGUUCAUUACCUGUACCAGUUGCACUUGUGCUCCAGGAGAGUCUGGAAGCUCCUGCUCAAGUCUCUGGGGUUUAUUGCGUCAAAUAUCAUGUCCACUUAUUGCUGGUGUGUCACGACAUGAGCAAGGUGCUGGCUAGGACAGGCUGGGGCACUGGCAGGCAGUCAGCAGUUGUUGGGCUCUGGGACUCCAUCACCUGUGCCUGUGGUUGUUGUGCAGCUUUUUCCCUCUGAUGCUUCCUAGGAGCACUUUUCUCCACGUUGCACACCUGUUUAGGAUGAGGAGCAUGUGUGAGGGGGAUGUUACAUCUGUCAUAGCUGGCCAUUUGCAGCCCUUGUUUCCAACUCACAGCCCCGUGCAGUACAAUUCACCAAAAGCGACGUCUGCUCCCUGUAGUAUUCCUCAAGAAGUGCAUCCCAGGGAAGUGAAAAUAAUGGUCUAGGACAAGCACAGAGUGAACAAGUCUCUGCUGAGAAAGCCCUUUUGCCUGCACAGGUAAUAUGGGCUCUUCCAUUUUACAUGACCUGAUUUUCUUGGUUAGUGCAACAAACCCCAAGAAUUACCUCAAAGUUAGUGUUCAUUUGCGGAUAAAUUAAAAUAGCUCUGGUCAGCCUCUUAGAUUUUUUUUUAAUUCUUAAACGGUUUUCAUGUGCCCUUUUUAAGAAGGCACAUGUAACACUUAAAGGAACCCAUUUCAAUGCUCAUAAACAAAUCCACAUCCAUGUUCUGAGCUUCCCUGCCUUAAUCAGGAAAGGAGAUGACCAUAACCACAUAUAAAGAACAAGCAAAUUAACUGCAACUUGUUCCUCUCUCUGGUCCGUGCUUCCCUCUGCCUAGGAAAAAAAGCCUGCUUCAGGUGCAAGCUAUUAUCAAAUCCCCUUAAACAGCCUGGGUCUCUGUUGACCAGUGCAUAAAGCUGCGGCAUUAUACAUCACCACUAAGAAAAAUGAAAAAAUCAAUUCCUCCUCCCGGAGCCCCUGAUGAUGGGCCACUUCUGAGCGACCAGAUGACCCAGGUGCUUUUGGGGUCUCACAGAGGGCUAUGACUGCUAGGUAGGGAAUAAUCCUUUAUCAGCCCCAGCUACAUGAUUAUUCAUUUUAAUAUCAUAAUAUUCCCCCAAAAAAUCAAUCACACCAGCUGCUGGCUUGCACUGGCACAGUGCGGCCUCAGCUGGAGCCGUCCCCUGCCGUAAUGGGAGAUGCCAGCAGAGGACAUUGCACUGCUGAUGCUUCUGCAACACUGGGACUUACCACUGCUUGUUAAAAUCUGUUUCUACCUGUGUUUGUAAAGUCCUUUGACUCUUCUCUUGAAAAGCUUCUAAUUAACACAGCUUCCUGACUGUAUAAUUGCCUAAUCCUCACCACCUUAGGGUUGGGGGGUUUGGUUUGGGUUUUUUUUUUUUAAUUUCCCUUCCCAUCUAUAUUGCUUCAGUGUCACACCUGAUCCCCCAGUCAUUUAAAAAAAAGGGAUGGGAGUUGUUAAUAGGUAGGAGCUGUUCUUCCCCUUUUAACAACAUGCCCUGCAUUUCCCUAGCCUGGUCCUGAGGACAAAGCAAGGGGCUGGCCUCUCUCCGAGGUAGGGGAUGGAGCUGGGAGUGUGCUGCUUUGCUGUGGUGCUCAGGGAGACCAAGGGUGAGUCCUUUCAACUCGCACCUCCUUGUUUACCACUUUGUACUGGGAGGAAAGAAUGCUUCUUCCCUUGCAGGAUUUUUGCCAUUUUAAUGAACUCUUAUGUGGAAAUAGUUAACAAAGUGCUGGUGGCUAGUGCCAGAGAUUUGCGUUAUGAUAACAACUAUUGGGGAAGAUUUUCCCUAGUACUUGGAGUUGAUCUAAUUCUGCUUCCAUUAAAAUCAGUGCUGCAGUUCCUCCUGGCUGUGAAUUAAGGUUAUUGUGCACCAUUUUUUUUGAAGUCUCAGUGACUUGCAGAGACCUAGCUUCCUCAGGGAGCCAGGCUGCUGUGGGACAGAGCCGGGUGCACCGAGCUUUCUUCUGCCAAUGUGGUGAGAUUAAGCUCGUACAGGAGACUCUGCACUCUGAGCAUCCCAGUGCCUCAGAGGAAAGGUGUGAGAUGGGAAGGCCUGAGCUCAGGAGAUCUCGGUACUUUCUUUACUCUUUUUAUCUCCCUCUUUGACCUGCACAGGGGGUUUCUGGUGACACUUGAUUUCUUUCUAUCCAUCUACUAUGUGCAGCUCUUCUGGGAUGCACCAAGGCUGAUGCAAUCCUGCACUCGCAAAGCACUUUUUCCCUUGAUGCAGAUGAAAUCUUGCCAUUCAGAUAGACCUCAUUUUAAAGACUUCCCUGUUCUUUCAGUGUUUAAUCUCCCACCAAGCUGGGAAACUGCUGCAUAUGUUAAGGCUGAAUGCACCCAGCUUCAGCUUCCAGGCAUUGGACAUAGUCUUUAAUAUGGAAUAUAAAAGAUCCCAUCUCAACUCUUUGCUGUCUGUAACUAGUCACCACUCAGCUAUCAUUUGGAGAUGGAUUCCUGUGAUGUUCCUUUGAACAUCUGUAGUUUCUAACCAUUGCUUGGUGGGUAUCACUGGCUUACUGGCCAGUGAAUGACACUACAGUGCAUUCAUUCCUCUACCGAGUGAUUUUACUACAUUAGAGGCCUCUUCAUAAACGAUCAAAAUAUAACUUUUGUGUAGUUUAGCAUAGAAUUAAUAAUCUAGUACUUUUGCAGAAUGAAAGGAUGUAAAAGCUUUCCAGACUUUACUGACUACGCUGAAAAAUUAAAAAGCACAGUAGUGAUGCAUCAGAAACUUGUUCUCCUCUGUCUGUGCCCAAGGCACCAGCACCUGCAGGAGCAGCGUGGCCAGGCAGUGGCUGCAAAUCUCCUUCUGUUCCUGGGACUGCCAAGGGACAGCUCAAAGGAGCUUCAAGGUUGAAGGUCUCCUCUGGGCGAGACGCAGUGAUGGUUUGGAUCUGGAAAGGGACCUGCUCCCUCUUACUACAAAGACGUUUCCAGCAUGGAGCAGCCUCAUGCUUUCUCCUUUGCUCAGCAUCAUUGCAGCAAAUAAGCACUGGCUGCUGCUGGCCCACAGGUACCUGGGGUCCUCGUGCCUCCCAUGAUUUCAAAGAUGGCUUAAACACCACUCUCCUGUUUGGAUUUGGCACAAAGUCAUUCCUAGCAGGAAAGCAAGGCCAAUGUUCAAUAAUUUGAAUUAAUUAAUGGAUCAUUUAUUAAUGCAUUGAGGUAACAUUAAAGCUAUUUUCCAUGGUUAAGUAGUCUGAUGAUCAUUAGGCACUGCAUGAUUUAUUGCAAAACCUCUGUGACAGUCAUAUGAUAAGUAGGUAGUUCCUGAAGGGCUCUUAAAGGACCUGAUUAUUUAAUUUGCUCUGGACACAAACACCAAUGCUACAUUGGUCUAGCUGGUUCCACACCUUGUCUGUGCAUGAGACUGCUUUCUACAUGGAAAUCUAAAGCUGGGAUCUGACCCUUCCUCUGCAGCACUGUGAUUCCUCAUGGACCUUGGGCUAUCUGGGAAGGGACUGCUGUUUGUUGGGGGUGUGAGGGCUUUCCAGAGGGAGGAGUUCAGUCUGGAACAGGAUUUUGUAGGAAACAGUUGGGCUCGCUCAUGAUUUAUGUAUGUUCUGCAGCAUGAGCAGAGUUAGAAACUGCCGGUAAGACCAGAAAAUUGAGGGGUUGCAUGCUGGUUGGCAAUGCACUUCUCCCAGAUGACGUAUGGUCCUGAGACUUUUUCUAAAUGAAAUGGAAACCAAAAUAGCACAAUGAAUUAGUCAUAUGCUAAUUACAAUCAUUCUUAAUAGUUCAUGUUUCUGUUUCUGCAGAAUGUAUAAAUGCAAACACAACUCAUGGGGUGCACCAUGAAUUGCACCACCUUUACACCGAACUCCUAGCUCCCUGGUAGCUAUUUUAUCCUUGUCUAAGUAUUGUCCUGCAAAAAUGUCUAACAGCAGGGCUAUAAUCUUUACCAAGGACAUCCAUUACAGCUGUAAAGAUGUCAUUAAAGCAAUGCUGCUCCAGAGGGGGUGAAACAAUCUCCAGAAUACAGUUUCAGACUACUAAGAGACUGGAGUAAACCUUCAAAGGUAGGCAGUUAAAUAUCCCAGCAUUUCAGUGCUCUAAGCUCCAUGAGAGGGCAAUUUUACUUGACAAACAAACAUUAAUGCAAAGCAAAAAUACAACAAUUGCAUGGUGUUCUCUCCCACUCAUUUAUUUUUUUCUUCUUCCACGAGCCGUUGUGCUGGUGGCCCAGGGGAUGCUGUGAGCUGGGGACCGCUGGGCACCUGCUGCUGUGGCAGGAGCCCACGCUGGGGCAGGGGGGAUGCUGUGGGGCUGCCGACCACUGCACAGUGAAACUCUGCAGAAACAGGCAAGGAGCUGCCUGUGCAGCUGCGGUAUCUAAUGUGCCAAUUCCCACAGCCUCUCUGUAGCUGCUAAUGUUCAGUGUUUGAGGACUUUUUAAUCUACUUGCCUCUUGUUGUCUAUGCUGAAUGCACCAGGGAGGAACUUUGGGUUCAUUUCAGGAGAAGUCUGUGGACCUCCGUGGGUGACAGCUGGAUGUGUGAGUGUCUCCUGCUGCUGGGAGGGCACAGGCAUCCUGCCAAGAUGGGCUCUGGGAGUCACGGAGGGAACUGCACAGGGUGAAGAGCAGAGGCAGCCGCUGCUCAGGUGACGCUUUGCAUAUGGCUCCCCAAAGGCGGCUGAUUCCCUCCCGGUGUCCUUUGCUCCAAGCCAAACUCUGACCUGGCACCUGGGUGCUCUGCAGCAGAUGGUGCCAUCCUCUCAAAGCCAAGCUGUGGGAGCCCAGCUGCUCUGGGGGUCCCAGGGCAGCAUCAGCUCAACCAGCAUGAGGGAGAGCUGCAGCCCCAUGACCUGCCCAUGAGGUGACGGGGCUGGGAACGGGGUGCCCAGUUGUGGGGGGAGCAGAGCAGUGCAUUCACGCUACUGUCGCAUCCUUCUGCUGCUCAGCCCACCAGCACAGGCAGUUGCUGUGGUUCAUUGCCCUCCAGACUUCCCACAACACAUGAACUCUGCAGUGUUCAUCAGGUGGGAUGCUGGACACCUUCCUAAGAAUUUCUUAAUGUACAGUGAGCACUGGCCUUUGGAAGCACUAGGACAGAGUGUUCAGCGGAGCAGCUUGAGCCCAAAUAUUUUAUUUUGCUUCAGUUAGCCAGAGAGAAAUAACAAUUUAAAAAUUGUGCCUGCACAUGAGCCCGAGUCACACAGAUCCAUUUUCUGUGCACAAAGUUAUCAUAGAAUCCUUUAGGUUGGAAAAGACCUUUAAGAUCAUCAGCUCUGACCAUUAA